AUGGCCGAGCCAGAACAAACACUUCGAAACGUGCAGGAGAACAACGAGGACAGCAGCGAGAAGGGAAGGGAGGAUGCAGGACCGCCACAGCCAGUCGGAUUCUGGGAUCCUCGUUUGAAAAAAGUCCGCCAUACAGCAUUCAAGAAGUGGACUCUCACGACUGUCGUGUUGACGGCAUUCAUUCUUUCGGUACUUUCGAUGUACUGGGGCGUAUUUUUCCACGCCGAGCAGAACCUCUCAUCGUUCGUUGUAUACAUUGUCGACUUUGACAGCCAGGCGCCCUAUGACACGGCACCCAUUCCGCCUCUUGUCGGCCCAAUCAUCAGCCAGCUUAGCAACCAGAUGGUCAGCUCCGGACGACCAACACUUGGGUUUCUUAGCGUGCCGCCUUCGAACUUCAGCAACGACCCUAUCCAAGUCCGCCAAGCCAUUUACAACUGGGACGCGUGGGUUGCCGUGAUUGUUAAUCCGAAUGCGACGGCUAUGCUCUAUUCCGCCAUUACAACAGGGAACACGUCCUAUGAUCCGCUGGGCGCCUGCCAACUUAUUUACCAAACUGGAAGGGACGAUACCACCUACCAUAGCUUCAUCUUGCCCAUUAUGAACAUGCUCAUGAGAGAAGCCACGAGCAUGGUUGGGCAGAUGUGGGCAGGAAUGGUGCUGCAGAACGCUACAGACCCCGCAAUACUCGCCGGAAUGCAGGCAGCGCCGCAGGCCAUCAGUCCGGCGGUCGGGUUCUCGGAGUUCAACCUCAGGCCCCUCUAUCCGUACACAUCGAUUGCUGCUACAACUAUUGGAUUAAUCUACCUCAUAAUCAUCUCUUUCUUCUCCUUCUCCUUCUACCUUCCGAUCCAUAUGCAAUAUCUCAAGCCCGAAGGCCACCCGCCUCUCAAAUUCUGGCAGCUCAUAAUCUGGCGCUGGUUCGCCACCAUGACGGCCUACUUCUUCCUGUCUCUCGCUUACUCCCUAAUCUCCCUCGCCUUUCAAAUCAACUUCUCGUCCGGCUACCAGGUGCCCGAAACCGCCGUCUCCGGCCGCGUAAACCCGACCGCAUACGGCGACGGCACCUUCCUGGUCUACUGGAUGAUAAACUACUUCGGCAUGAUCGCGCUCGGGUUGGCAUGCGAGAACGUAGCCAUGGUCAUCGGCCAGCCGUGGUUGGGGCUGUGGCUCAUCUUCUGGGUCAUCACGAACGUCAGCACGGCGUUCUACAGCAUCGACAUCGAGCCGGCGUUCUAUCGGUGGGGCUACGCGUGGCCGCUGCAUAACGUGGUCGAGGCGAGCAGGCAGGUGCUCUUUGAUCUGCAUUCGAGGAUUGGGCUCAACUUCGGGAUCUUGGUGGCGUGGGGAGCGGUGAAUACGGCGCUGUUUCCGGCAGCGUGUAUGUUUAUGCGGUGGAAGAGCAAGAAGGGACUGCAUGAGUAUUGGACUUGA